AUGGAGGAGCUAGUUGAUGUCAUUGGUGAAGCUGGCAUGACUCCUUGGUGGAUUGCUUUAACAUCAGAGGGACAAUUAAUAUUUGAAGAAGAUCGUGAAGGUUCAGCAUGUGGUGUACGUUUAAAUGAUAGAAAUUUUUUAAAUGGUGCUAGACAUAGUAUUUAUUAUGUCAGAGAUAAUAAUACAUCGUCAUUGUUGAUUGAUCGUGAUCCAGUACAAUUAUUACCAAUUCCUGUAUUAAAUGUUGGUGAUGAUGAUAGCCAUGCAGGUUUAGGUACAAUACCAGGUGCUACAGAGAUACAACUUGGUGGUCUUAAUACGACUGAUCAAAGAUUUAGUGCUCACAAAGGAUACACUGGUUGUCUUAGCAAUGUUGUUGUGUCUAUUAAUGGAGGAGCAAUGAUGAAACCAUUGGAGGAAUAUAUGUUGUUUACAAAAAAAGGCAGUGAAACAGUUAGAGCAACUACACCAACUGGUGUUAGAAGUGCUCAGUGUGCUGUUUUCCAUGCACAACCACGUGGACCAGAACCACCAAGAAAUGACAGUGUUGGUCGUGAUAGAGCAUGGGUUGACGAUCCACCAGCAAGAGUACUUUAUAAAUCACAAUACAAUGAUGAAACACAAGAAGAAACACAUGCUGGUACUUAUAUAUUUAUUGGAGUAUGUUGUGUAUUUGCAAUUAUUAUAUUUUCUUGUACAUGUGAACUUGUGAGAAGUUCAAGAAGUAAUCGUAAACGUAGAAAUACUCGUAAUAAUACAAAUGCAAAUGCUGCAACACAUCAAAAUACAUCACCACGUUGGCAAUCUGGUACAUUUACUAAUUCUGUUAUUGGACCAUCAUCUGGUAAAUCAACCUAA